UUUGAUUGUAUAGGCGCAAAUUAUUGAGCGGUAGGGACCAGAAUUAACUCUUUCUACCGACUUUUCUUUAUCACUUUUUGUUCGAUAAUUCUCCAUUUAAAAGAUUGUUCAAAAAAGAAAAAAUCUCUUAUCUCAAUUAUUCAUUCACUAAUGGCUGAAAUCUACUCAGAUGAAGUUCUCUACGAUUUCACUCCCAUGCUCAAAGCAUACAAAAAUGGCCGCGUCGAAAGGUUAACCGGCGAACAAUUCGUCCCCGCAUCCAUCGAUCCGGCGACACGCGUCAAAUCCAAGGACGUUCAAAUCUCACCGGAGCUCGGCGUCGCCGCCCGGAUUUACAUCCCCGGGGAUGCCAACCCGGACACGAAACUCAAACUCCCCGUCGUGGUCUACUUCCACGGCGGGGGGUUCGCGGUGGAGUCCCCGUUCUCUCCGCUCUACCACAAGCACCUCAAUUACCUGGUGGCGGAAUCCAACGCUAUCGCUGUUUCGGUGGACUACAGGUUGGCGCCGGAGUACCCUCUCCCGACCGCGUACGAUGACUCAUGGCUCGCUCUUAAAUGGGUUUUCUCGGAUGAAGCGCAGAAUGAAGAAUGGAUCAAAGACUACGCGGAUCUGGGUCGGGUCUAUUUAGGCGGAGACAGCGCCGGUGGCAACAUUGCACACCACUUGGCAAUACGGGUCGGGUCGGAACAGGGUACGAACAUCAGUUUACGUGGGAUUUUUCUCAACUGCCCGUUUUUCGGCGGGAAGGAUCCGGUUGGGGUUGAAUCUUCCGAAGAAAUGGUUUUGUGGAAGAAAUUCGUGGAUAAUUUAUGGGUUUUUGUUCACCCGAAAGAAUUUCCGGGUUACGAUGACCCGUGGAUAAAUCCGGCGAAGGAUCCGAGGGUUUCCGGUUUGGGUUGCUCGAGAGUGCUGGUUUACGUGGCGGAGAAGGAUUACUUGAAGGAUAGAGGUUGGUAUUACAAGGAGACGUUGGAGAAGAGCGGUUGGUUCGGAGAAAUCGAGGUUGUCGAGGUUAAAGGAGAGGUUCAUGUUUUCAGUGUGUUUUCACCUGAUGGUGAAAAUGGUUUGGCUAUGAUUAAAAAAGUUGCUUCUUUUAUCAAUCACUAAUAAUUGUUUUCUUGUAAUUUAUUCAAAAAAAAAAAAAAAAAUAGUUGUUUUGUUGUAUUUGGUUUGUUAUUGCAAUAAGAGUGGCAGGCUGAUGUGGUAAUAAAUGUUUUUAUCAUGAAAUAAUGAAUUGGAAUAGUUUGUUGGGUUGAA